AUGAAAAAUGAGCCUCAAUCCACGUCCAAUAUCAACGAAAUCAAUCGGUGCGAAUCCCGCUUCUCCGUCGUCACUAUCAGCAUACAAUCAAUGAUUAGCACGACUACGGCUCUGCCAAACCAGUCAACGUUUUCAUGGAUUUAUGAAAAGAUAAAAAACGCAUUCAAAUUUGGAAACCAAGCUGAGCAAACACCGGAAGAGGUUAUAAGUGACGUGUUAAAAGAAUGCUCGGCAAAAUCACCUGUUACCAACGCCAAUGGAACAAAUCGUUGCGAAUCCCGCUUUGCCCUCGUCAAUUACUGUCAGCAAUACAUGGUUACCACAACUACUGAAACGUAA